UACCAUAUUAUGAGAUCGGUCAUCCACGUUACUAGUGAUCUCACUAAUUGGACAAGCUGUUGGUGAACUGUCUUCACCGACACUUUGUUCUUACUCUGAGGCUUCUAUUAGCUCGCAAGCUAACUAACGUUAGCUGAUAUUAGCUUGUCAGUGUGGCUAGCAGUCGUAACACAAAAACGGCAGGAUUUAUCUGCAUAAUUGAAAGGCACAAGGAAAGAGCUGCCACUCGAUAAUGGACGCAAAUAAAGAUAAAGGAGAUCAAGGGAUGCAAAAUCCAGGUGGGCAGAUGGACAGACCUGCUGGCUUCCACUUCUCGGAAAGCAUGCUUCCUAAAGCAGUGAAAAGGCGAGUGCAUGCCUUGAAAAGGCUACAGGUGCAGUGUGCUAACAUAGAGGCUAAAUUUUACGAAGAAAUCCACGAGCUAGAGAGGAAGUAUGCUGCCCUAUACCAGCCACUGUUGGACAAGAGACGAGAUAUUGUCACAGGAACAGUGGAACCUACAGACGAGGAGUGUGAGUGGCACAGUGACAGAGAGGACGAGGAGCAGUUAGCUGCAGAAGUAAAGGAAAAGGCUGCUAUUGAAGAUGCAAAGAAAGAGGAAGCCAUGCCAGAGGAAGACCCAAAAGGCAUCCCUGAGUUCUGGCUCACCAUUUUCAAGAGUGUGGACAUGCUCAGUGACAUGCUACAGGAACAUGAUGAGCCCAUCCUAAAGCACCUAAAAGAUAUUCAAGUCAGGUUUUCUGAGCCAGGACAGCCGAUGAGUUUCACUUUAGAGUUCCACUUUGAGCCUAAUGGUUACUUCAACAAUGCAGUCCUCACUAAAGUCUACAAGAUGAAGUCGGAGCCUGAUGCCUCAGAACCUUUCUCGUUCGAGGGGCCAGAGAUCAUCGACUGUGAAGGCUGUCAGAUAGAUUGGCACAAAGGGAAGGAUGUCACAGUGAAAACUAUUAAGAAGAAGCAGAAGCAUAAAGGCCGUGGCACUGUUCGCACUGUUACCAAACAGGUCCCCAAUGACUCUUUCUUCAAUUUCUUUAAUCCUAUCAAAGCUUCACCAGGUGUAGAAAUGGAUGAAGAGUCUGAGUUCACCCUAGCCACAGACUUUGAGAUUGGUCAUUUCUUCCGUGAGAGAAUAAUUCCCAGAGCAGUGCUGUAUUUCACUGGAGAGGCCCUGGAAGAUGACGAAAGUUUUGAAGAGGAGGAGCUGGAAGAGGGUGAUGAAGAGGAGCAGGAUGAAGAAGGUGAUGAUGAUGAUGAUGAUGAUGAGGGAGACUUGGACCCCAAGAAAGAACAACCCCAGCCUGCUGAAUGCAAACAGCAGUAACCAUGGUGAUCAGGGGAGGUGGAGACCUGCUGUCUAUCAAAUCAGUUCUUAGCCAAUCAACAAGUCCUCCUACUCUUGCAGGUUCUGCCAUUUUAUAGACUCUCAUCUGAACGCAAUAGAACGCAAACCAAACUGUGUUUUUACUAUGUGCAUGACUUGUUUUUCUUUUGUCUUGCACUCAUCUCGGCCCAUUUAAUUCGGUUUCAUUUGAGUUAAGAGCGGGAAGUGGCUUGACUCUAAAAUGCCAUGGCAUCACAUAGGGACAGUCUUGUUCUUUGGUAAGGUGGAGUAGUUUACUACUGCCAGGAAACUCAGAACAUCGUCAUCUGGAAAACAGGACAGGAAUGGAUUUCACGUUUAGUUUCCAUGGAUAUAAAUCAGUUACUCAGGGUUUUUUAAUGCCAUCAAGAGAAGUGAUAGUUUUCCAGGAAACUGUUGAACAAGUUUGGCUUAAUCUUUCACUGGGGUUGCUGAAGUGUUUUUCUUUUGUUAUGGUGUUUUUAAGAGACAUGCAAUGUAUCAUUUUGAAUUAAAUUUACAUUUUUUAAUGUUUAUUGUCAUGCCAUUGGGUUAUUUAUUCUGGUGUCAUGCAGCUGUAUGAGGUGGUGCAUUCUGGGAACUUUUUAAGGCCCAGCCACAGUUAGAGGGUCAUUGUGUCAAAUCUUAUUUGAGCUGAUUAGGUCAUCAAAACACAAAUACUGCCAAGUCAUUUUUUAACUGAUCAAAAAGUCACUGAAGAAUUGCAUUUUCUGUUAGUAUUGCUCACUUUUGCCCAGCUGUCGGGCUUUACAAGCAAUUUAACCUGAGCACUUGAGUGGACACUCAACUCUAAGACCAUGUGACGGGCAUGUGGUUACACCUCAGAAAUGUAUUGCUCUUCCCUGUUUGCCCAGCCACCCAUGAAAUCCAAGCAUCACAUGUAGUCUGAAUAUUUUUCUCAGUGAUGACAGAUCUGAGCAGACCCAAUGACUACCCCUCAACAUUGUGUGGCUGGUUAUAAGGUACCACUUCUGGUAUAUAUCUAGUCCUUAACAAAUGUCAUUCGGACCAGGUGCAGCAUGUUCAGAUCAAAUGGGAAUUAUGUUGCCAAGGAGCCAAAAUGAAAGACAACACACCCUGUCUUUUUUAUUAACAUGUAACCUAACUCAUUGUUUAAAGUUGUUUAAGAGGAUAUGAGUAUUUCUGUUAGUGUCUAAUGAUUCAGUAGAGUGUCUGUGGAAACAAAUGGAGGAUGUUGCCAAUGUAAUAUGUGCAUAUUUAGUUGGAUACCUUUGCCUGAGUGACUGGUAAUCGAUAGCAGCUACAGUGAAUAAUACCCACCCCUUCUGUCUUUUUAAAAAGAAUGAUUGUAGAUCUUGUUAGACAGAUCUCCGAGCCACGGUUGACGCUGUCACAUCUAUUACAUUGGACCGUGUGCUAGCAAUGGCCUUAACUGGGUUCUUAUUUACAAUUUGUUACUUGCGCAAUAUUUCUUUUCAAUUUGUACAGAGUUAAAAUAUUCUAUUAAAGUUGUGAAACAUGGAA